AGCCUCUCUCUCUCUCACCUCUCCUUCCUUAUAAGGUCAGGCCCCGCCCCCCUUGGUGAUGUCAUCAGCGUGGAGGAAGACCCGUGGGGUUUUUGGGUUUUGGCGUCCAGUCCUGUGGGGCCGCAGGGCUGAGAGUUUCUCCUCCGCUUCUCAUCCCUCCAUCCUCUCUCCUCCUCUCUCUGCCUCUCUUCUCCUCUUUGGGGAAAAGAAAAAAAAGACUCUUUGCAUCUCGCUUUCGAUUCUCCGUCCGGACUCUGUUUCCUCUGAGGAUUUUAUUUUUCCUCCUCCUCCUUCUUUGUCGCUGGAAAAAGAGAAUUUCUAAGAAAAUAAUAAAACCAAAAAGAAAAAUGGGAUUUUUUGGUCUUUGAGUAAAAAGUUGAAUUGAACUGAAACCAGAGGAAAUUCAGUAGACGUUUAAAACCAUCGCAUCCUUUUCUUCUUCUUCUUCCUGAACGAAUCUUUUCUUUUCCUCUUUUUUAACGGCUCCUUUCAGACUUUGUUGCUACGUUGGUGAAGACGAUGUGGAACAAGCUGAAGGUCGACCAGGUCUUUUAGUUUUCAGCCCGUAGCCUCUUCUUCUUCUUCUUUUCGGUCUUGUUCUUGUGUUUUUGUCCCGGGGUGGUGCGGUGGUCCAACCUCGGUCCUGACAUGUUUGGGAUCCAGGACAACCUGCCCCGCGGGGCCACGGCCAACAUGAAGGAGGAGCCGCUGGCCGUUCGCUCCUGGAUGCACUCGACCGGCGUGGUGGACGCCAACACAGCCGCUCAAAGUGGGGUGGGCUUAGCCCGGGCUCACUUUGAGAAGCAGCCUCCGUCCAACCUGAGGAAGUCCAACUUCUUCCACUUUGUGUUGGCGCUGUACGACCGCCAGGGUCAGCCGGUGGAGAUCGAACGCACCGCCUACGUUGACUUUGUGGAGAAAGAGAAGGAGCCGAGUGGAGAGAAAACUAACAACGGCAUUCACUACAAACUGCAGCUGCUCUACAGUAACGGUGUGAGAACGGAACAGGACCUGUACGUCAGGCUGAUCGACUCCAUGACCAAACAGGCCAUCAUCUACGAGGGUCAGGACAAGAACCCAGAGAUGUGUCGAGUUCUACUGACGCAUGAGAUCAUGUGCAGCCGCUGCUGUGAUAAGAAGAGUUGUGGAAACAGAAACGAGACUCCGUCAGACCCCGUCAUCAUUGACAGGUUCUUCCUCAAGUUCUUCCUCAAGUGUAACCAGAACUGUCUGAAGAAUGCAGGGAACCCCAGAGACAUGAGGAGGUUCCAGGUGGUAGUGUCAACAACAGUCAACGUGGACGGACACGUCCUCGCUGUCUCAGACAACAUGUUUGUCCACAACAACUCCAAGCAUGGACGACGAGCUCGGAGAUUGGACCCUUCUGAAGCAGCCACUCCCUGUAUUAAAGCCAUCAGUCCCAGUGAGGGCUGGACUACUGGUGGAGCCACUGUCAUCCUGAUUGGGGACAACUUCUUUGACGGACUCCAAGUCGUCUUCGGCACCAUGCUGGUGUGGAGUGAGCUGAUAACUCCUCAUGCCAUCCGGGUCCAGACUCCUCCCCGUCAUAUCCCCGGGGUCGUGGAGGUGACGCUGUCCUACAAGUCCAAACAGUUCUGUAAGGGAGCGCCGGGACGCUUCGUCUACACCGCGCUAAACGAGCCAACCAUUGACUACGGCUUCCAGAGGUUACAGAAGGUCAUUCCUCGUCACCCGGGGGACCCAGAGCGACUGCCCAAGGAGGUUCUGUUGAAGAGAGCAGCUGAUCUGGUCGAAGCUCUUUAUGGGAUGCCUCAUAACAACCAGGAGAUCAUCCUGAAGCGAGCGGCGGACAUUGCUGAAGCCCUCUACAGCGUUCCGAGAAACCACAACCAAAUCUCGUCUCUAGGCAACAGUGCGUCCCACGGCAUGAUGGGAGUGAACUCCUUCAGUGGACAGCUGGCCGUCAACGUCUCCGAGACGACGCAAGUGGGCUACAGUCGUAACACCAGCAGCGUGUCGCCACGGGGAUAUGCACCAAGCUCCACCCCCCAACAGAGCAACUAUGGAAACACCGUUAGCAACAGCAUGAAUGGAUAUGGCAACAGUACCAUGAGCAACCUGGGAGUAGCAACAUCACCGGGUUUCCUCAAUGGAUCAUCAACCAACAACUAUGGCAGUAAGUACCAAGUGGUCCCGUCCAGUCCAACGAUGGCUGUGUCCAACUGUAAUUCAUCCCAUGGAGUUUUUUCUUUCUCUGCUGCUGUUAAGCAGAAGAGUGCAUUUGCUCCGGUCGUCCGUCCUCAAGCUUCACCUCCUCCUCCUCCUCCUCCUCCUCCUCCUCCUCCCAACUGCUCCAACAGCAACGGGCUGCAAGCCAUGUCUGGACUGGUCGUUCCUCCCAUGUAGAAAUCCUUCCUCCUCUUCCUCACCUCCACCCCUCCACCCCUCCACCACUCACCUCAGAGGAGGAGGAGUCGCUGGACUCGGGGGGCGGGGCUUCGAACAACAGCCAACCAGGACCAAGUGUUGAUUCAGAUCUGAACUCUCAUUGGACGGAGCGUCUGGUCCUUUAGUCUCUUUGUGAUUCCUCUAAUGUUUUAUUCUGUUUCUUUCUCCUCUGUUCAUAUUCACCUCCUCUGAUUGGUUCCUUCAUCACGGCCAUUAGGACCAACAGAGACGACCUGGUCUCAAACUACUCACACUGAAAUAACUGUUCAGGUAAAAUACAAGAAUUAAAUUAAUCAACAGUUCAAACCUCAGUAUGCAGCUGGAUUUUAUAUAUUACUUUAUAAUUAUGUCCUGUUUCAACAUCUAAUCUCUCAGAAUCCAACUCAGUCAGGAAUGAGACAGAAACUGAUCAAAAGCCACUUCUGGCAACUUGAAGGAGGAAGCUUCUACUUGGUUUCAGGCUGAGAAGAAAUGCAUUAUUUUAUUUCGUCCUCUUAAAAUAGAACAGAUGGGAAGCUUCCUUCUGAUUGGCUACUGAACUAAAAUCACUCGAAUACAUAAAAUCCAGAAUCCAGAGUUGUGUCUCCUGGAUUCAGUUUCAUUCGUUAACCUCAUUUUUCAUUUUAAUGAACUCAGACUUCUGAAAACACUGAGAAACGAUCUACUGCUCCCAAGAAAAACAAAAAUUGUGUUUUGCCCAUACAAAGCCCGCCCUGUCUUCAUUUAGCUCCGCCCCAUUACUGUGUUUGUUUGGUUUUAUUCACUGUAAAAACAAAUCCAGCAUCCUGAUUCGCUAAUGUGACUGUGUCCCCUUGUACAGAGUUGUCUUUUUAGUGCUUGCACCUUUCACUUCCCCACCCCCAGCACCUGAGACCAAUCUCCACCCCAGCACCUGAGGACAAGCCCCACCUCUAGCUCCUGAGACCUAGCCCUGCCCCCAGAUCCCAGCACCU